AGCCACCGUAUUCGGUAAAAAUCGGUAUCCCGUAUCCGGCAUGAAGAUCACGCGGUUCGCUGCAUUUUGGCGACACUAGGUUACGUGUUUAAGCCUUGGCCUUCUGAGGAGCUUACGCAGUAUGAGUGCACAGGCGCAUGACCCGGUUGAUGUGAAAGAAGCGCUCCUCGGGAAGGGCGUCACUGAAGAAGCGUACAAUCAGUACACGGAGCUGUAUGAAAUGACGAUUUCGCCAUCCGAGGAUAAUGCUGAUCACAAGGAUGCGAUAAGAUUAAUGUUUCAAAGAGCCCACUUCGAACCUCCAAAAGACGACGAGUUCACUGUCCACGGCAUCCUAAAAGACAGACCAACUCUUUACCAAUUCUGCGACUUCUUGCACGGUUUCUUGGCACGCAACAACCUCGCCCUGAAGGACCUUCUGGAAGCCGCCCGACGCGAAGCCCAGCUUAACCAAGACCUCGCUGACGUGUUCAAGUACUUUGACCGUGACGACAGCAAGAAGAUCAGCAAGGAGGAGCUCAGGACUGCCUUGGCACGGUACGGAGACCAAAUGACCCCAUCGGACGUGGACAAAAUCUUUGAAGCGGCGAAAUGCCAGCCCGGUGGCGAAAUGACGGUCGAGGAGUUCACGGCACUCAUGGUUGAAGCCCUUAAGUCGGACGAUCAGCCCAACGGGGCCCAGAGGCAAGGCACCCGCACCGGCUCAACCCGGCCGUCAACUGCCUCCGGCAUGCCGUCAGUCGGGGCCAAGUGAGGGGCGUUGGGCGGGGGUGGUGCGGGGGGAGUGGUGGCACGCUGCAGCGGCUUGCAGCGUGGCUAAGGGGAAGCUGCGGGACGCAGGCACCUGGGGUCCGGGACGGGACUGGGUGCUGUUGAGCUGGCUUGCCUGGGUGGUGGCAUAGGGCGCGGGUGGCACCCUCCGGCCUUUGGAUGUGGUGGUGAUGGGGGGCGUGGCGUGCGUUGGGGUCUAUGGCGAUGCGUGAUGACCACCUGGAGGCAUCGGGCUGGCGGGCUGGGUAGGUAGCGGCGCUUUGGUGGCUAGGAUUGCCUUCUGGCAGAGGGCUGCGACCAUUCAUAGAUGCUGUGGUGAACGGCAAGGUGCCGGAUUUCAGUUGCAUGACGAUGUACCUGGUAGUUGCUGUCUUGUCCCGCGCGCGCCGAUGUGCGUCAUGUGCAUAUGAUUCUUUUAGCCCGGUGAUGUAGCCAGGAGAAGCCUGCUUGUACGGAGCGUGUGCAGGAGGGAUAUAAAUGGUGUCCAUGGGUAUUGUGACACAGCUCUAGGCCAGCUUCCGGCUCCAGAACUCUGGGGGCACAGCUCUGUAUUGGUUGGCACCCUGGGGCUGUUGGCAUGACUGAUGUGAGCGGACAUCAUACCAAAUGGCUGAGGGGUUGUGAGCGGGUUGUAGCUUGACAGAGCUGGAAACAGGGUGGUGCUUUAAAAGCGCAGCAAGACACAGUGCUUUGAUGCCUGUCUUGCGUGUGACUCUGGUGCGGUGUAAGUAGGGUAAGUUAUUGAUCGAUGGCGCUGCGAUGGGGUUCUGCUAAGGAGUGAGGGAUGCGGUGCAAGAUUUUGCCUGCAAGUACCAUAGCAUGGAGAUCGGUGCGAGUGAAUGUAGGAAUAUUGUUAAAUGUACGUAGCAGCUAUCGUGGGUAUACGACUAAUGCGUAGUCGUGGCGCAGUUCACGUUGCGAGUUGCCAAAACACAUGGCCAUUUGCUAGGGUUGCUGGGCGACGUUGCGAUACACGGCC